AUGGCUAAAACUAAGACCAGAACCACGGUGAUCAAGUUGAUUUCUGCUGCUAAGACUGGGUUCAGCAGGUACGUGGUUAGACCAAGAUCGUCUCCCCUUGUAACACAAAUGAGAUACGAUCCAAUCGUCAAGCAACAUGUGUUGUUCACCGAAGCCAAGAAGAGAAAGAUCCCAGAAACCCAGGCGUUGAACUUCCAAAGAAGACCAAAGUCAUUUUAA